AUGGGCAGGGGCGCGGGCAUCGCCCUCCGGGGCCUCCAAUUCUUCAUACGCUCCGUCCAAUUCUGCUGCGCAGCCAUCGUCCUCGCGCUCUUCUCCUACUUCCUCGCAACCCUCAACAACCACAACCUCCCCAUCGACGUAUGGGUCCGAGCAGUCGAGGGCAUCUCGGGCGUCGGGGUAGCCUACACGGCACUGACCAUCCUCUCGCUGUGCUGCUGCGCGGGGCGCUCGUUCCCGUCCUUCUUGAUGAUGGUGCUCGAUGUGGCUUUCCUCGGCGCGUUUAUUUAUGUUGCGUCGGCCAACCGCGGCGGCGCGUCGACGUGCACGGGGGAUGUUGAUACGCCGUAUGGAAGGGGGAAUGCGGAGACGAAUGUGGGGGAUAAGAAGGGUACUGGUGAUGGGUUUACGGCGUUGCCGAGUUUGCGCACGGCGUGCAAGAUGGAGACGGCGUCGUUGGCGGUUUCGAUAGUUGCUGUCCUCUUCUUCGCCCUCUCCCCCUUCGUCAGCCUCUGGCUCGUCCGCCACCAUAAGAAGGAGAUGCGUUUCGGCCCCUCGCCGGCCAACGACUACACCUCUGGCUACGGCCACAACGACGGCACCACCAAGCCCGAGAAGCGCGGCGGCUUCCUGGGCUUCUUGGGGUUUGGCCGCAAGCGCACCAAUGCCACGGACACCCAGAACCCUAACAUCCUGCCGGAACAUUCGACCCCGGAUGAUUUGCGUGAUAGCUAUACGACGGAGCAGACGCAUGUCGAUCACAACAGCAGCCACGGUACUGGUGCUGGUGCGGGCGUUGGGGCUGGCGGUGGUGGCGGUGGUGGAUAUGGAGGGUUGGGUAACGGGACGAGCAAGUAUGAGACGCCGUAUUUGGGCGGUGCUGGGGACAAUAUCCCGAUGGGGAACUAUUCGAGUUACGGGGACGGGCAUCGGUAUGAGAACAAUGGUGGGGUGUAUCGGUAA